AUGCUUUGUAAACCCUUCUUGAGUUUCAGUUUGUCUCUUGAAGACGCACUUCAUCUUCUCCAACGUUUCUUCAACUCCUCAAACCAGACUAAGCAGAUUCACAGUGUCCUCAUUACCACCAACGCUUUGGUUUCUUCGAGAUGGAAGACGAAAUUCGUCUACAACACGCUCAUACGAUCUUAUCUCACUACAGGACAGUACAAGACUUCUCUUGCUCUCUUCACUCACAUGCUUGUAAGCCAAGUCCAACCAAUCAACCUCACUUUCCCUUCUCUUAUAAAAGCAGCUUGCUCUUCCUUCUCUGUUUCUUAUGGUGUUUCCUUACAUGGGCAAGCUCUUAAACGAGGUGUUUUAUGGGACCCUUUUAUUCAGACUUCUUUUGUUCGUUUUUAUGGUGAAGUUGCUGAUUUCAGAAGCUCGAGGAAGAUGUUUGGUGAUAUUGUAGACCCUUGUGUUAUAGCUUGUAACAGUAUGCUUGAUGCUUGUGGAAGAAACGGAGAUAUGGAUUCUGCUUUCGAGUUGUUUCAGAGAAUGCCUGUAACUGAUGUGGUCUCUUGGACUACUGUUAUCAACGGGUUUAGUAAGAACGGGUUACAUGCUAAAGCUGUAAUGCUUUUUGGUGAGAUGAUAGAGAACAAUCGUGUGGUGAUAACCCCGACUGAGGCUACUUUAGUUAGUGUACUUUCUUCGUGUGCUAAUUUGGAUCGAGGAGGUGUUCAUUUGGGGAAGCAGAUUCAUGGAUAUGUUAUGAGGAAAGAGAUCAUUCUUACUACUACUUUGGGUACUGCUUUGCUUGAUCUGUAUGGAAAAGCCGGUCACUUGGAGAUGGCAUUGACCAUAUUCGAUCAAAUUCGUGAUAAAGAUAAAGAAGUUUGCACUUGGAAUGCGGUAAUAUCAGCUCUUGCCUCCAAUGGUAGACCUGAGAAAGCGUUAGAGAUGUUUGAGAUGAUGAAAUCAAAGAAUGUGCAUCCGAAUGGGAUCACUUUACUUGCAGUACUCACGGCUUGUGCUCGAUCUAAACUUGUGGACUUAGGUAUCCAGUUGUUCAUUUCCAUAUGUAGUGAGUACAAGAUCAUUCCAACAUCAGAGCAUUAUGGUUGCAUGGUUGAUCUCAUUGGCAGAGCUGGAUUAUUGGUUGACGCUGUUAAUUUCAUAAAGAAGUUGCCAUUCGAGCUUGAUGCUUCUGUUGUUGGAGCUCUUUUGGGUGCUUGCAAGAUUCAUGAAGAUGCUGAAUUAGGAAAUAAAGUAGGUAAAUGGCUUAUUGGACUGCAACCUCAACACUGUGGCCAGUAUGUGGCAUUGUCAACAUUAAGUGCUUUGGAAAGCAAUUGGGCAGAAGCAGAACAGAUGAGGAAAGUCAUGAUACAAGCUGGAAUCCGAAAAAUCCCUGCUUAUAGUGUGCUGUUUUAA